AACAUUACCUAUUGAACGCCCCUCGUACAUUGCAAUUUGACGCACACAAGAUUGCAUAAGUAUGUGGACUGUAUGUAUAUAGACUCAAUGUAUAUAGUAUAGUACCAAAAAAUAAUGUCCCAUAACUCUGCAGAAUAUUUUUCUGAAAGAACCUGACAUGCACCAUGCACAAAUACGUUUGGUACGUAUCACUUGUGUUAAGUUUCAUUAACUUGUGUGCAAUGGUUCGGGAAAUUAGGAAUGCACAAGAUUGCAGAUGCAGACUAGCAUAGUAACAAAACAAAACAAAGUCCCAUAACUCUGCAGAAUAUUUAUCUAAAAGAACGUCACAUCAACCAUGCACAACUAGUGAUACUACUGAUCACUUGUGUGAAGUUUCGUUACAUUGUUUGCAUGGGUUCAGGAGAUAAGGCGCGCACAAGAUUGCAUAUGCAGACUCAAUGUAUAUGAAACAAAGUCCAAAAACUCUUUACAUUUUUUUGAAAGAACUUAACAUGCACCAUGCACAACUACUGUUGUUACUGAUCAUUUGUGUGAAGAUCAUUAGGGGAUGAGAACAGUUAGUGCGCACACGAUUAUGACAAGACGGAUAGACAGACAACCUGAAACCAGUAUACCCCCUCACAACUUCGUUAUACAACAAUGAUGACAACCGUAAGACAAUUGUACAUACCAACUGCUCUCACAAACUUAGCUUUCAUGAUGUGAUCCUCUUAGAUCAAAACUCCACUUUAAACAAGUACCAAUGUUUACAAAACAUGAAAAGUCAAACAAUCAAUUUAGUUUAUGUCGAAAUACUGGUAUGAUAGGUAGUGCACCAUUUCAAUGUUUAUUUUAAUUAUCUUUUUUUUUUCAUAUUGAUCUAGCAAGCUUUAAGUAAAACGCAUGGAAAUUACAUUUGUAUAAAUUAGUUUUCAAUUUCAGCAUUUCAUAAAUGUAACUUCUGUCUCCCCAGCAUUUGCAGAGGGAAGGUUGACUCUUACCAUGUUAAGUGAUUUUGCUGACAAAGGAAGCAUGAGAUGUAACAGCAAGGUCGUGUUGAUGUGUAAUAUUCAGUUGCAAUGACAUGGGAGAUAGAUAAAAAAGCAGCUGCUGAAUGCACAUAUGAUUCAUGCGAGACUUAUAUAACUGGUGUGGGAAACUAUGGGUUUUCCUUUGAUACAAACAAGGGGAUAUUCAAUAUUACAUUGGAUCCAGUGACAUUUGCUGUCAACGAGAGAAUAUUUAAGUGCGACGAUGGAUCUAAUUUUGCUUAUAUCAAUGCAUUGGUAAAAGUUGUACCUGAUAACAGUGCUACUACUAUCACAUCUUCGAAAGGUUCGUCCUUUACUGAAAUUAAAGCGAGGACAGGCUGCCUUCAUCCGAGUUCAAGUGUAACGUUUGAAUGGUAUUAUUUCUAUAUAGCACUACACGGCCAGAGCACCAGGAGCUAUAAAGCCAUUUUAAACGUAUUAAGGUUUUUGAAAGAAAGGACGACGUUGAAACUAGUACUGUUCAUCCUGUUCGCGUUUCAAGUCGAGCUGAAAAGGCUAAAUUGAACAUAGAAAUCAAUUUUGUGUCUCUUUUCGUGACAUUCUGUUUAAUUACGAGCUGUGAUGGGUCAAUUCUAUGUCGCUAAUACUGUGUACAAGUGCUCUUAAAUGCUCUACGGAGCAAAUCAAGGAACAAACAUGGACGUAUUCGAAUCUGUGAUAAUGCGACUGCAUUUUGUCUAUUUACCACAUUUUGCCUGUUACUUUUAUCUAAAUUAACUACUUUAAAUACAUUCAAUAUUAUCCUAAAGAUCACAUGGAACAGAAACCAUUUGACUCUUACAGACCACGAGUUGCAUGUACAUAUAUUUCUGUAUUUAUAUGUGCUUUUCGUUUAGUGUUUUAUUCGUGUUUUUCCGUCCUGAUAUUUGUUGUAUAAAAGGCGCGUUAAUUGAUGCGAUAUGAAUAACUGUACAUAUAAUUUGGUAAUUUAUCUGUUAUAACAGCUUUACAGAAUACUGAAAAAAUGCUGUUCUGUAACUGACGUAUCGCUCCAACGGAAUCAGAUUAUACUGUUAUCAAAUAUGUAAAUGAUUAACCAGCAAUAAAAUAAACUCAAAUACAUAGAUAAUGAACAGUUCGAGUGUUGUAUAAAUCUAUCGUCUAGAGACUCUUUCUUACUAUUGUUACUAUUUUGG